AUGAAGUUUGAAGAUCUUCUCUCAGAAAUGAAUGGAUUCGGAUGUUUCCAGAAGAUGGUCCUGUGCAUCAAUUUCUUUGGGCGAUUCAGUCUUGCGUGUCAUUUCUUGUUAGGCAACUUUAUUGCUGUUAUCCCCUCUCACCAUUGCAGCAUCAGCUCUCUGGAUGCUGAUGAGAUCUUUGAGAACCUGACUCAGGAGGAGAGACUGAUUGUCAGUAUUCCAGUGCAGGAAGAUGGGACUUCUGCUUCCUGUCACAUGUUCUCUUAUCCUCAGCUCCACCUGCUGUCAAACUCCUCCAGCCCCUCAGAGGCUGCUGCAGUCCAGUGUCAGAAUGGAUGGGAGUAUGACAACAGCACGUUCAUCAGCACUCUCGCCACACAGUGGGAUCUGGUAUGUGAUAACAAAGGUCUGAAUAAAGCUGUGACCUCCAUCUUCUUUGUCGGAGUGAUGUUUGGAGCAGCUUUUUUUGGAGGCAUGAGUGACAGAUUUGGCCGUAAGCCGAUGCUGCUGGUGUCCUGUAUAUCAGGAAUGGCUUUUGCAUUGGCCAGCAUCUUUUCUUCCUCCUUCAUCAUGUUUGCAGUGCUGAGAUUCUUUAGUGGAUUCACUAUCACUGGCAUCGCUAUUGUCUCAACCGUACUCAAUGUGGAGUGGGUGGACAUUAAGCACAGGAGGCUUGUAUGUAUAAUUGACAGUAUGGCAUGGUCUGUUGGGAGCACCUCAUUGUCUCUUAUUGCAUUCUGUAUCAGAGACUGGAGAUGGCUGACAGUGGCUGUCACUUCACCUUUACUGCUAUCCACAGUCCUCUGGUGGUGGGUUCCAGAGUCGGCUCGAUGGCUGAUAGCCAAUGGCAAGGCUGAAAAAUCUCAUUAUUAUCUUCAUAAAUGUGCUGUCAUGAACUGCAAGGAGGAAGUUAUCUCAAAAAUCAAACCUGAGGCACUCUCAAUAAUAGUUACGGAUGGGGGAAAGAAAAAUUAUUCAUACCUGGACCUUGUCAGAACCCCUAAGAUGAGGAGAUUGGCUCUGCUCACAGGAACCAUAUGGUUUUGUGUUGCCACUAUGACCUAUGGUAUAAGUCUCAACAUCACAGGCUUUGGGCUAAAUAUGUACCUCACUCAGUUUGUGUAUGGAGCCAUUGAGAUUCCCUCUAAACUGAUGGUAUAUUACCUGCUGGAGAAGAUUGGCAGACGUAAAACUGAAGCAGGAGCUCAGCUGUUGGCUGGAAUCAGCCUCAUGAUUAACAUAUUCAUACCCAAAGAUCAGUGGGUUGGUCGUACUGUGGUGGCAGUACUGGGUAAAGGUUUCGCAGGUGCUGCUUUUUGUACAAUUGUAUUAUACAGCUCAGAGCUUUACCCGACUGUCCUCAGGCAAAACGGGAUGGGCUAUAACUCGUUCCUGGGCCGGCUGGGUGUGUCUGUGGCUCCUCUAGUCCUGCUAUUGGACAGUUUCUGGGGCCAUUUAUCUCAGACCAUCCUGUGUUCUGUGGCACUCAUUGCUUCUCUGGUGGCCUGGCAGUUACCCGAGACACGAGACAGGUGUCUACCUGAGACUAUAGAGGAUGUCGAGGGUACUGGGAAAAGUCUCAUUAAAGAUCAUGACAAGCGGGAGGAUGAGGAGAAAAUGACAAUGAAUGGACACACUGAGGAGCACUGAGAUUGUGUGCACAUUCAAUCUUAAAUUUUACCCAAGUUGUUUAGUGUUCAGAGUUCAGAUCCCAGUAAAUGCACACAAAAACAAAAUAAAAAUAAAAUCAAAACUUGAAAGAACAAUUUCAAAGUUUGUUUAAAAGGUUUUAUUAGUCCCACAAGGAUUUACAACUUUCUCCAGUGACAUGUAAUAAUUAUAGCUAUUUUAAAUGGAGGCAUGAAUGAAUAAAUGAAAAUCUGAGUUUGUGUUUGUGAAAGAGAGAAAAAGAAAAGAAAGAGCCUAUGUAUGUGUGACUUUUGUAUAACUUUUUUUUUUUAAGAUGUCAGUGGCCAUUUCUGAUUAUCAGAAUGCAUGCAAUGUGCAAUGACAUCUGCAUAUAUCUGACUAUGUGAAAAAUCUUUACACCUUACAAUUUUAAUAUGUAAAAAAAAUGUCUG